AUGCCCAAAGAAUCAGCAAUCACCAAAUCUUUAAGUAUUUUAAAUUCGGAACAACAACAAGCAGUUUUAGCUAAUCCGGAAAAUAAUUUAUUAAUUAUUGCUGGUCCCGGAACUGGUAAAACCACUGUUUUGACCGAACAUGACUUCGUUGAUAAUCAUCAACGUGUUAAUUUAAUGACGCUUCAUGGAGCCAAGGGAUUGGAAUUUAAGCAUGUUUUUCUUUUUCAAGUUACAGAAGAAAUUUUUCCUUCUCGAUUAAACCUUGAUAUAGAAGAAGAACGACGAUUGUUUUUUGUGGGCUUAACUCGUGCACAACAACAUUUAUAUAUUACAGCGGAUUUUUUUCGUCCUUCAAUUUUUGUUCAAGAAAUUAUGCAAUCUCCGUUAGUGACAAAAAAAGAUAUUUAUUAA